AUGAGCAAUGGCCAGGUUGUGUCGAAUGACUCACCACCCGUCCAAGUGGUAACACUGGCCGAGGUUGAUGCAUUUACCAAGAGCAAGACCAAUAUCACACGGAAAUCUCCGAUGCGGUUGCGAAUGGAGGCUUUGAUUUUAGAGCAUCAGAAGCGCAUCGUCUUCGCUUUGGAGAAUAUCGAUGGCAAUAAAUUUCGUCGAGACGAAUGGACACGCCCGAAUGGAGGUGGUGGCGUUUCUUGUGUCCUUCAGGACUCAAACGUCUUUGAGAAAGCAGGGGUGAACACAAGCAUUGUCUAUGGAGAGCUACCUCGAUCGGCUAUCGAAAAGAUGCGAGCAGAUCACAAAUCGUUGGUGAGCUCCGAUGUGGAGAAACUUAGCUUUUUCGCAGCUGGCCUUUCUAUGGUUCUGCAUCCACGCAAUCCCAUGGCACCAACAGUACACCUCAACUAUCGAUAUUUCGAAACCUCCGACCCCAGGGAUCCAGUCAACGCCACAGGCUCUGCAACUCAGAAUUGGUGGUUUGGCGGAGGAGCCGAUCUGACGCCUUGCUACUUGUUCGAAGACGAUGCAAAACACUUCCACCAAACUCUAAAGACUGCUUGUGAUAAACACGACAAGGACUACUAUCCUCGUUUCAAGAAAUGGGCUGAUAAAUAUUUCUAUAUCUCACACAGAAAAGAAAGUCGUGGCAUUGGUGGCAUUUUCUUCGAUGAUCUCGAUGCCUCAGCACAGCCAAAUUCGAAAAAUGCUCAAGAAGACCUUUUCCAAUUCGUCACGAGUGGGCUGGAGUCCUUCCUCCCUUCAUAUCUCCCCAUAAUCAAGAAGAGGAAAGACAUGCCAUUUACACCGCAGCAAAAAGAAUGGCAACAGAUCCGUCGAGGUAGAUAUGUCGAAUUCAAUCUAAUCGAAGAUCGAGGAACCAGCUUCGGCCUCCGAACUCCCAGUGCCAGGAUAGAAGCCAUUCUGAUGAGUUUACCACUCACCGCCCGAUGGGAGUAUAUGCACCCAGUCUGUGGAACCGGGGUCGACAUAGAUGCUGAAGGUGAGGCUGACUCCGAUGUCGAGAAAGAGAAGGAGAUGUUGGAGGUACUCAAAAAUCCGAGGGAAUGGGUCUAA